UUAGUCCUAAAUGGCGGGCUGCUGUGUUGACACCCUAACGAAGAAAAAGAACUUAGCGUCUACCGCAGUUAACAAAGCAGCAGCCUCGAAUCACGUACACGUGUAGGUUUUAUUUCCGCGCAGUCCAGACAAAAUGGCGUGGAUUUAAGCGCCGGUAUAGCAAAAGAUUCGCCACGUUCGCUGGAAAAUAAACAGGAAGUUGUUAGCGUUGUGGGACGUGUAGUUCCGGCUACAGGCCGCUCCAGAAGAUCGCGCACACAAUAAAGAAAGUCCCAAUAAAAAGCGUCGUAACUGGACGUGCGGGUCGACUUUGAGGGCUGUCGGCGUGAACAUGCCUGGAUUCACCUGCUGUGUCCCCGGCUGCUACAGCAAUUCGCAUCGCGACCGAGACCUGCGCUUCUACACCUUUCCGAAGGACACCACGCUCAGAGAGCAGUGGCUGAGGAACAUCUCCCGGGCCGGGGUCAGCGGCUGUUUCAGCACCUUCCAGCCCACCACGGGCCACCGGGUUUGCAGCGUGCACUUCGUCGGCGGCAGGAAAACCUACAGCAUCCGAGUGCCGUCGCUGUUCCCCCUGAGGGGUGUGAACGAGCGCAGGAGUCGGCGCGGCAGAGGUAAGAAACUGUCUACGACGGCGGCUGCAGCCCCCGCCGGAGCCACCACCGGGGUCGUCAUCAACACCGUGCUCGGGAACACCGCCGAGGGCGCCGAGGCCAACGCCGGCGGAGAGGCCAUCGACGACAGCAUCACGGUGGUGCAGAUCGGCCAAAACGGGGAGUAUCUGGGCACGGCGCGGCUGCCCGUGGCGACGGAGGCGCCGUUCACCGCGCCCAUCGGAGCUUCCGCCGAACUCACCGCCGCCAUCGCCACGGCCGCGAGCGCAGAGGACUCCGCCGAGCAGUCGGUCGUGCAGUACGUCAGCGUGACCAGCAGCCCGCUGGACCACUCGUACUCGCUGACCACCGGCACCACGUCGGCCGAGCUGCUGCGCAAACUCAACGAGCAGCGGGACAUCAUCGCCCUCAUGGAGGUGAAGAUGAAGGAGAUGAAGGCCACCAUCCGCCAGCUGCGGGUGAUGGAGGCCAAGCUGCAGGAGGAGGUGCGGGAGCGGGACCGGCUGCUGGGCGGCCACCCGGUGCCGCUGAACGUCAACAAGAAAAUCUAAUCAGACACAAGAGGGUUCGGACGAACUGAGCCAGAUCCAGCCUUUGUACAAAAAUGUAUUUUCCUAGCCCCGAUGGCGUAUGAAGAUGUCUAGCUGUAGUUGUGUAACUGGUAGCGUCACACGCAAAGCCAUUCGUACAUUUAUUCGAUAUCCAGUUUAAGGCUCAUGUACUAGUGUACGUGUACAUGUACUAGUACGUGCUUUAUCCUCACUAUAGACAAUGCAGCGCACUACUACAAGACUGUCUUGUUGGUUAAAAAAAAAAAAAAAAAAAAAAGAAGUUCGGCACACUAGUAUAGGAAAACUUUGGAAUACCAGUCGGACAACUACAUGUUAUUAGUGAGUCCAGUCACUGCACUAGUUGACAUUGGCGUGCUACUAGUACCACUAGGGAAGUGCUAAAUGUCAACUAAUAGCUCUUACAAUGUCACAUACUGAGGUAUUGAGCAUUUAUUGAAUAUCCUUGAUAUCCACCUUACGGUCAAGGUACUAGUACCCUCUGUCCCCAUUAGACAGUCCAGCGCACCAGUAAUGUUUUUUUCCACUACUUUAUGACAUUUCUGCACACUGCUACGACAGCUAUGUUACUAGUGAGGCAAACUGUGCACUAGUUGACAUCUGUGCACUAUUAGUACUGUAGUGUAAGCCGGUAACCAGUAGAAUUUAUAUUUUCAAUAGAAGUACUAGCAUAAAGGCUGCUAGUAUUUGGUCUGCUUUCCAUAAAGCCGUUUGAGGAUUUUUUCUUGAUGCCUUCGAUAUCAAGCUUAAGGUCCACGUACUAGUACGCUGUUUGUCCUAACUAGUAAGACAAUUUAGCACACUAGUAGAAUGAUUGUGCAGUAGUAGUAGCACACAGAUGUCAACUAGUACAGUUUUUUGCUCACUAGUGACAUAGCAAUCAUGUAGUUGUCCUACUAGUAUACCAAAUUUCUACAACUAGUGAGGAAAAACAGUGUACUAGUACAUGGACUAAGACAAUUCAUCACACGAGUGGAAUGUCAAGGCACUCUGUCUUACUAGUAAAGUUUUUCCACUACUGUAUGACAUUUCUGCAGAAUAGCAGCACAACGUUGGCAUACUAGUCGCACAACUACAUGUUACUAUUGGUGCAAAAUUACCAGUGGUCGUUUUAGUGCUACUAGUAAGGUCCAGGAGGCUACUAGUGUGUGACAGAUGCUCACUAGUGGCCCUUAGUUGUGUUACUAGUGCAGUGCAGCAAAUUAGGUUACCAGAGCGGUUUGCAAAUUAGACCAAGUUAAAUAUUGAUGAGAGUUGGGAAGGAAUAUUUUGAGUCCAGGAUGUUCGUUUUCUUGCGAGUGGAUCGAAAUGAGAGGCGUCUGUCAACAGAUUGUUAGGCCAAGAAAUAGUGGUGGCUUAACACAUUUGGAGGCAUUUAGCCACGCUUUCUUAAACUUCAUCAGCUCAAGAUCCAAAUUUGAAAUGUGGUUUCUCAACGGGACUACUAAAUUACGUCUAUUAUUGUCGUAGUGUUGAAAUGGACUGUAUGGAAAGACUGAUGCUAAAAAACACACAUACAUUUCAACAAACUUUGUGUGCCUGAGCAAUAAAAUAUCUUAAGUGUUUACUAUAAUAAUGUUCAACCCAAUAAAAACUGUACCGCGACCUAUUUUAGGAAACACUGCCUGAACAAUGAACACAUAUUCAGAGCCCCCUUUCAAUUAACUUCCAUCCAUCCAUUUUCUGAGCCGCUUCUCUUCACUAGGGUCGCGGGGGUGCUGGAGCCUAUCCCAGCUGUCAUCGGGCAGGAGGCGGGGUACACCCUGAACUGGUUGCCAGUUGCCAGUUCAGGGUGUAAUUAGUUUGAUAUAUGAAUAUAGAAAAAAAGUGAUUGAACAGGAUGCCUGUUGCAUUAACAGGUUUCCAUUGCGGAUCUCGAGACUACAACGCAGUAAAGUUGCUACAUGCUGCUUAUGUCUUUCAAAAGUGCUUGUUUUUGUUCGAUGUUAAAUGACACAUUUAACAUCCCUGUUUAUGGUGAGGUGUUUCUCAACAAGCACCAUUUUGCCAGCAGCUGCAUCACAAUAAGUGCUUUAUGCACAAUGUGUUACGUACAGACUUUUCUGAUCUUUGGACUGACAGUUGUGUCAUUAAAUGACAUUUUGAAGUA